AUGGACGUCAUGGAGCUGGUAGAGAAUGAGCCUAACGCAAGACCUUUCCAGUGUGACUGGCAAACUUGCAAUAAAAGUUUCAACCGGAAAUCUGACCUUCAAAGACAUUACCGAAUCCACACAAAUGAAAGACCGUACUCAUGCAUGACACCAGGGUGCGGCAAGAGCUUCAUCCAGAGGAGUGCGUUGACCGUUCACAUCCGUACUCACACCGGUGAGAAGCCACAUCAGUGCCAACAUAUCGGGUGUGGAAAGCGAUUCUCUGAUUCUUCCAGUCUCGCCCGCCACCGCCGUAUUCACACGGGGAAGCGUCCGUAUAAAUGUGCGCACGAAGGGUGUUUAAAGAGCUUUUGCAGGAAAACAACAAUGGUCAAGCACCAACGACGAUCCCACCAACGAGGCAUCCAUUCUUCCGAAAUAGACGAUGGUGAGACCUCUGAAUCAGACAGUGGUGAAUCUCCAUCCACGCCGCAGCACUCCAGUCAAAUGCAAUGGCCUCAGAGCGUCCCGGCCUCAGCACAUGUGAUGCCAAAUGGGCACCACAUGCAUCGAGCACAUUCCUUUGCCGACUUUGGUCAUCAUCAGAUCGAUGGGUAUCCAAUGCAACAAGGUUAUGGUCACCGACACAGCCUCUCCGGCGGCGCUCAGAACUACAAUGGUUCCAUUGUUGAACAUGGUCUCCCAAACCCGAUGAUGCAUCGGGCACCCAGCCUUCCCGCUCACGCCUCAUACUACGUUCCCGAGCAGAACAACCCAGGUGUAGCAACUUUGAACACGAACCCGACUCCAAUCCAGACUUACCAAAUUCCUCGCCAGGUGGACAGACAGGAGAUCCUCCAGAGCAGCCCAAGCAGCUACUCAUCAGCUUCAAGAGCGAGCCCCGUUUCCCAAGAGCCAUUUUACACACACCACCCCGCCGCCCAAGCAGCAACAUAUGCUCUACACAACUCUUCGCCAAUUGAGCAGCAGGGACCGAUGAUUCAAUAUCAACAACAGAUGCCACAACAUUUGGCACAACAACAAUCUCAGCCAAUGCCAACACCCAUCUCUCAAGCGCCCCACGCGCAAGAGCAAUACCAUCCCGCCGGAUCACAAGAAGGACAAUGGUACGAGAACGUUGCCUACCAAGCUCCCGUUGAAGUCAUCAGCCACAUCCAGGCAUAUCCCCAAGCCCAUGUCUUCCACGACCCCUGGGUGCAAAAAAUCGAGGCCUUCGACGACCCAUCCCUUCAGAUGCCGAGCGCCCGCAUCGAAAACCUGUAA